UGGGGGAAAUUCCAUCAUGCCUACGCAAGCCGCGGCACGGACCUCCUCGCCCCAUAAAUUGGGGACUUGCUGACUGUCUCAGCACCAGAGAGAAGAGAGGCUUUCAAGCUCCACUUGCCUGCUUCAGCUCCAGCCACCACUUCUCAGCUGACAUGAAGGUCUCUGUGGCCGCCCUUGCCAUUCUCAUCGCUGUCUUCUGCUACCAGACCUCCGCUGCGCCAAUUGGCUCCGACCCACCGACCUCCUGCUGCUUCUCCUACACCUCCCGACAGCUGCCCCGCAACUUCGUGGUGGAGUACUAUGAGACCAACAGCCAGUGCCCUCAGCCAGCCGUCGUGUUCGUCACCAAGAAGGGUCGCCAAGUCUGCGCCAACCCCGAGCAGGACUGGGUCCAGCAGUACGUGAACGACCUGGAGCUGAACUGAGGUCCCGGGACAGACCCUGCUGCCCUGCAUGCCCCGGCUGCCAGGAUGAGCGAGCCACGGCCAGCUGUGGGAUCCAUUGGAAAUGCUUCAAUGUCGCUUAAAGCUAGUUAGGAAAGUGAAAAUGUUCCAGAAUCUGA